UCGCACUUCAAGGGCGCCCACGAUGGAAUCGGGGGUCUGCUGAAGACCCUCAUGAGAGAGGCCGAGAAGAGAGGCUUCCGCAUCCACGACACCGCCGCCGCGCACGACUUUCUUUCAGCAUACGCCAAGAGCAAAGAAGAGGAUGCAGGAGGUUGCUUGGGGAAGUGGUCGCCCUACAAGAUCGCAAACUUCAAAAUGGAGCUGAUUGGAGCCAACGAGAUCCCCCGCCCGCGUGUUGAUCUGACGGGUAUCCCUGGAAGUUCCAAGUUGUACCAGUUCAUGGGGGCGGAGAACCAGGAACAGAGGCUUAGAAGUAGCCUAGGGGUGGAACCAGCAGAUUCUGGAGUCGUGGUAGUAGCAGGGAAUGAACACGCGAACCCUGGCCCCGAAGUAGUCGGACCAGCCCCGCGCCCCGAAAAGGUUACGAGAAAGUACACGUGCCGUGUUCGCAAGGCGUCGUGCUACUGUUCUAAGUGCAGGGUAGGAUCGUACCCGGACUGCAUGGUUGCAAAGAACUACCCCGAGAUCGUUGGCAAGGUACAUGAGAAAUCAGGAAAGGAUAGACUGGUUCCUGCUGCCGACAGUUGAGCAAAAAAGUCGAUAGCUUCGAGUGCCUCACUUACCGUAUUUUUUUUGUUCAAUAUCUCGUUUGUGGUUAUCGCUGUUGCUGCUGCUGCUGCUGCUGCUGCUGUUUUGUGUUGUGUUGCUGUGUAUAGCGUGCUAUGCUGUUCUGUGCCGCCGGUGAUGCUGCGUUGCCGUUGAGGAAACUAACAGAUAAGCCGGGAUGUACUCUUUGGGUGUGUUUUACCGUCA